AUGGCAGCGACUACCCCGGCCACCUCGCCCGCCUCGCUGCGGUCCCUCUACCGCACCCUCUCUCGUUCGAUCCGCCGCUCGUCCGCAGCAUCGACAUUCGCGACCGGAUCCAAGCGCACCGUCUCGCCGCUGCAGCACUACAUUCGGGACGUGCUAACGAGCACCGAGGCCGGUCCUUCCACAUCCACCCUCCCCUUUGGCGGUCCCUCGUCCUCGGGCAGCAGCGGCAGCGGCGACAUCGACGUGCGUCAGCGGACACUGGCAAACCUCGCUUCGUUCCUGCACAACAAGACGCGAUACCUCGACCUGCUGGAGCGCUACAACCCAUCGCACGGCAUGAGCGAAGAGGAGCGCGUGCGUCUCACGGCCCGCCGUGUCGGCCUCGACGUCCCCAUCACCCACAACCCCCUCGCCGCCGCAUCCUCGUCGACCGCGACGACAGCGGGCGGCGAUAUGGCGGCGGACCACGAGGGCGCAAAGAUCCUCUCGACAAACGAGAGCCUCUUUCGACAGGGCGCCCAACUCGCCGCCGGCGAGACGGACGCACAGAAAAAGAGGAGAGAGGAUCUCUACAGCGGCAAGGGCGAUGGCCUCAAUCGCGGUGGGCCCCUCGCGCCGCCCGGCAGCGCGCCGUUUGCAAAGGACGACUAG